AGCCCAACCCAACCACGAACCAGACGGACCGGACAGCCCGACCGGCGGGAAGGAGCACGCGCGAAGUAGAGCGCCGAGGCGGCGGAGGCGGCGGCUGGCGGAGACGAGGCGGGCAGGAUGUCGUCGGUGUACGUGCUCGAGCCCCCGACGAAGGGCAAGGUGGUGGUGCAGACGACGGCGGGCCCGCUCGACAUCGAGCUGUGGCCCAAGGAGGCCCCCAAGGCGGCGCGCAACUUCGUGCAGCUCUGCCUCGAGGGCUACUACGACGGCACCCUCUUCCACCGCGUCAUCAAGAACUUCCUCGUCCAGGGCGGCGACCCCACCGGCUCCGGCACCGGGGGUCAGAGCAUCUACGGGGCGCCGUUUGCAGAUGAAUUCCACUCGCGGUUAAGGUUUAACCACAGGGGUUUAGUGGCCUGCGCCAAUGCUGGCACGCCUCAUUCGAAUGGAAGCCAGUUCUUUAUCACUCUUGACCGUUGCGAUUGGCUCGAUAAGAAGAACACCAUCUUCGGGAAGGUUACCGGUGAUUCUAUUUUCAACCUUCUUGCCUUGGCUGAUGUUGAGACCGAUAAGGAUGAUCGACCUGUGUACCCGCAGAAAAUUCUUUCAGUCGAGGUUCUCUGGGACCCAUUUGAGGAUAUUGUUCCAAGGCAACUUAAGAAGGCCGAGUCUGUUGCCAAGACUGAUGCUGAGUUGAAACCUAAAAAGAAGGCUGUUAAGCAACUUAACGUGCUCUCUUUUGGAGAUGAAGUAGAAGAGGAGGAGAAUGAGGCAGCUUCCUCUGUUCAGGCCAAAAUAAAAAGUAUUCAUGAUGUGUUGGAUGAUCCCCGUUUUCUUAAAGGGGAACCAGAGGAUGUACAGCUGUCCAAGGAGGAAGAGGAGAAGAAAAAGGACACUGUUUUAUCUGUCAGGGAUGCUUUGAUCUCAAAGAAAGUUGACUCAAGAGAGUCAGAGCAGGCUCCAGAAUCUGAUGAUUAUCCUGAAGACGAGAAUGAAGAAGAUUUUGACAAUAGGAUGCGCUCACAAAUCCUAAAAAAACGUAGAGAGCUUGGUGAUGUUCGCCCCCGUGAAACCUCUAAAGCAGAUAAACCGCAUCGGAAAGAUAAAGAGUUACCAGACCGCAGGUCCAAUAUCGAACAUAGGAGGGACAAUGAUGACGAUGAUGAUCAGGAGCAUGAGCUGCAAAAGUCUAAAAAACUAUCCUUGAAGAAAAAGGGUAUUGGCUCAGAAGCCAGUGCUGAGAGGAUGUCCAAAGCAGAUGCUAACUUGCAGCUGCUAAAUCCAGCUGAACAAGAGAGACAUAAACAAAAACAGAAAAAACGUCAGCUCCAAGGCCGUGAAGAUGAGACUCUAGCAAAGCUACAGAAGUUCAAGGCUUCUUUCCUCAGUAAGAAUCCUGCUACGGAUCAUGUCAGAGAAAAUAAUCUUGCUACUGAUAAGGUGGAAAAGGAAGCUGAAGAGGACUACACAGGGUGGCAUACAAACCGGCUGUCUUUCUUACCUGAUUCUUCCAAGGAUGGAAUGGCUAGGAAAGAUGAUCCAGAUGACUAUGUAGUGGUAGAUCCUCUUCUGGAGAAAGGAAAAGAAAAAUUCAACAAGGAACAAGCGAAGCUUAAGCGGAGACAGCGUGAAUGGGCAGGCAGAUCUCUCACCUGACCAUCAAGCUGCUUGAAUUGUGUUAAUGCUCCUUUCUUGCCGUUGAUGGUACUGAAUCACCUCUACUGCAUUUCCAUUGCUCUUGUUAAACUUGAUAGUACCGGACUGUUCUUUUCCCUUGAACAUUGCAAAAUUCCUACAUAUCUUAAACAGUUAACACAUUGCAAUGCUGCAGUUUUGGCGUGGUCUUGGGACUGUAAACUGCGGAUACCGCAGAGAUCAUGGAACUGAUGUAGAGUGCUAUCUGUAGACUAGUGUCUUCCUUUUGGUAUUUGUAUCAUGUUUGCUGAGGCUGUAAAUGCAAUGUACAAUAGAUUGUUGAUUAUUUUAGGGUCCCUGAGGAAGCCUGUAUCACUAGCUAUAAGCUAUCCGUUUCACAUAGUUCACAGAAGGGACUAACACAAAAGUUUUUGAAUUAAAAAUACGCGCGGUUCUUUCGUCUA